AUGUCUCAAGAGUCAAAGCCCAAGAAGGCUCUGAAGGUGAUCUGGAAUGAUGCAGAGACAGAUGCCCUUAUCACAUACCUCCACACAGAACGUUCAAAAAUAGGAGACAGCAGGAAUUUCAAACCACAGGUUUACAAUGACACUGCAACUGCCAUCGCAGUGCACUUGACCCUUGGCCCAAUAAAGACUGGAGGCCAUUGUAAGACCAAAUGGCAAUCAGUAUGCUAUUGA